AAUACUCUUAAAAAGAGAAAGAGGAAAAAUAAUAACAUUUUCAAAUAUAUAUUCCAAUUAUAGUUAAGUUAACCCUCCAAUAAACUCCAGCCACUCCAUUACCCCGAUCCAAAUGACAAAUAUAUCGCUCACUUAGUUUUCGUAUAAACUGAAAACCUCCUAAUAAAUAGUACGGCUAUUUCUGUCAUUUAAGAAGAAUCAUCACGCACAAGUGGACGUCUUUUUUUAAUUUUAUUUUAUUAUUCUUCUCUAAAUUUCUAAGAUUAUCUUACCUCCAAUGAUAUAUGAAUUAAAAAAAAAAAGAAAAAAAAUAUGAGGCUCUUUUUCUGAGUUAUUCUCUUUUACGGUCAUCACUUCUCUGGUAUUUGAUCUGCAGAAUUUUAGUGGCUUCUAAAAUCUUAGUGGAUAACAGUAACAGGAAAGUUAGAAAACCAAUUUUCUUGUCAUUUUCAAUUUUUGUGUAAAUAACAGUUGACCACGUUGUACAGCUCCGAGUUUGAAUUGAUAUAAUUGAAUUGUGCUGGGGGCAAUUGUUUUGCUAUGUUCUCGUACAAUUAGGGAUCUGUUUGUUUUGUGAAUAGUAAUAGGAUUAGGGUCUGUGAAGAAGGGUGUUGAGUGAUGGUGGCAUCUGGGGGUGGAGGAGACCCUGUCGAGUCAUUUCUGAAUUCGGUACAAUUGUUUAAGAAUGCAUUUUCCCCAAUAGAGUCAGGUAUUAAGAAAGUGGCAAAGGAUUUUGAGCAUUGUUGGCCGCUUGCUCCAAAGAAUGAGACUCCUGGAUUAGAUGUCAAGAAAAUGUGUGCAGCAAGUAAGCAAGACGUGGCUGCUAGUGUUGAUGAGAAAAAGAAGGGCUUGCUCAUAAAGUUACCCAUUAAGAUGUUUGUUGGAAUGUUUGGGAAUAAUAAUAAAGGGGCCAAUAAUGUGGCCAAGAAAGGGCUGAAGGAAAAGUUUGGUGUUGGAAAAGGAGAUGGUGGGAGCUGUGUAAACUGUCUGCAGUUUGAUGUUGCUUGGUCAUUAUUAAUGAAUGGUUUUGUUCAGGCUGUUCCGACCCCGUUUAAGUCUGUGAAAAAGCCGUCUUCAAAGGCGAAUGAGGACACUGUGAGGGUGAAUCAUGUAAAGAAGUCAAGUGAUCAGGUUGUUAUUCGAAACUAUGAUGGAGUGAAGGACAAAGAGGAAAACAAUUUAUCUUUUGAGUGCGUUUUUGGUUUUCUUUUUGAUCAAAUAGCCAUGAAGCUUCAAAAAUUUGACUUAGGAGUACAACAACACGAAUGCCUCAGUCAAAUUCCUCAGCCUGCCAAUCAGUUUGAUCAUUUUAAGGUGCUAGUCAGUAUUAUAGAGGGUAAAAGAGCUGAUGUCAAUGGAUUUCUGGGGAAUCUGAAUUUUGCAAGAGUAGGAGGUGUUCCUUCAAGUAUUGUUGAUGUAGGUUCUUCUACAAGAGAAGAGAGAGAAGCUGGUGCUAAUGAUAUUGAUGGUCAAGAUGAGAGCACAGGAAAUUCCGCAAAAAGUUUAGCGAAUGGUUUGCUUAGUAUUCCAUUAUCCAAUGUCGAGCGUUUGAGAUCAACAUUGUCCACAGUUUCAAUAACAGAGCUAAUUGAGCUUUUUCCUCAGUUAGGGCGGUCUAGUAAAGACCAUCCUGACAAGAAAAAGCUGAUCUCUGUACAGGACUUUUUCAGAUACACCGAAGCUGAAGGGAAGAGAUUCUUUGAGGAAUUAGAUAGAGAUGGUGAUGGCCAGGUCACGUUGGAAGAUCUUGAAGUUGCUAUGAGAAAGAGAAAAUUGCCAAAGAGAUAUGCCCAUGAACUCAUGCAUCGUGCUAGAAGUCACUUGUUCUCAAAAUCUUUCGGGUGGAAACAAUUUCUGUCGUUGAUGGAACAGAAGGAAUCUACCAUCCUGCGGGCUUAUACCAGUCUUUGUUUAAGCAAGUCAGGCACAUUGCAGAAGAGUGAGAUACUUGCAUCACUAAACAAUGCAGGACUUCCAGCAAAUGAAGACAAUGCUAUUGCCAUGAUGCGAUUUCUAAGUGCGGAUGCAGAGGAAUCAAUUUCCUAUGGACAUUUCCGGAACUUUAUGCUUCUACUGCCAUCAGAUCGGCUUCAAGAAGAUCCUCGAAAUAUCUGGUUUGAGGCUGCUACAGUAGUUGCUGUUCCUCCACCUGUAGAAAUUCCUGCUGGAAGUGUCCUAAAAUCAGCAUUAGCAGGAGGCCUUUCCUGUGCAUUGUCUACAUCUCUAAUGCACCCUGUGGAUACGAUUAAGACACAAGUACAAGCAUCAACACUUACCUUUCCACAAAUCAUAUCAAAGCUUCCUGAACUUGGUGCAAGGGGAUUGUACAGAGGCUCUAUUCCUGCCAUUGUAGGCCAGUUUUCAAGCCAUGGAUUGCGAACUGGAAUUUUUGAAGCAAGCAAGGUUUUGCUGAUUAAUAUUGCUCCUACACUUCCAGAACUGCAGGUUCAAUCUGUGGCAUCAUUCUGCAGCACUUUCUUAGGUACUGCUGUGAGAAUACCUUGUGAGGUGCUCAAGCAAAGAUUGCAAGCUGGUCUUUUUGACAAUGUUGGGGCAGCAAUCAUUGGCACUUGGCAGCAAGAUGGUCUUAAGGGUUUUUUCCGUGGAACUGGUGCUACUCUCUGCCGUGAGAUUCCAUUUUAUGUUGUAGGCAUGGGCCUAUAUGCAGAGUCCAAAAAGGCUGUGCAACAGCUUCUGGGGCGAGAGUUGGAGCCUUGGGAAACAGUUGCCGUUGGAGCUUUAUCUGGUGGUUUGACAGCUGUUUUAACGACUCCAUUUGAUGUGAUAAAGACCAGAAUGAUGACUGCUCCACAAGGAAGGAGUGUGACGUCGUCGAUGGUUGCAUUAUCAAUUCUUCAUCAUGAAGGGCCCGUCGGAUUGUUUAAAGGGGCCAUUCCUAGAUUUUUCUGGAUUGCUCCUCUGGGUGCGAUGAAUUUUGCUGGCUAUGAGCUAGCGAGGAAAGCCAUGGACAAGGAUGACACAGAGCAGCUUGCUCAGAAAAGUGGCUAGCAGAACGAAUGUACGUCAACUGAGAUUUGUUUACUGAUCGUACUUGUUAAAGCUGCUGGGAAAUUUUGAACCUUUUCCAACUCGCAGAAUCACAUUUAAAUUUGUCGAAAUCCCUGUUUUUUCUUUUUAGAGGAAAACCCUUUUAGAUUUGGUCUCUGAACAGUUGUAAAUUGCCAUUAGCAUCAUGUUCAUAUUUUGCUUUGUAACA